UGUGUGUGCGUGUGUCCUUACGGAGCGACAUGCAGGCGUGCAUCUCUUUUCUCUGUGUUCAGGGAAGGGCACAGAAGACGGGAUGAAUUCCCGAUAGGCAUGGACCCACAAAACCACACUCAACCCACCCUCACCUAUCCCCUCUCCAGGUUGGCCCUGAGCUACAGCAGCAUCCCCCUCAGUGUGGGGGGGGACCCACAGGGACCCCAACACCAGCCUGCCCUCUCAGCAAGGGCAUCCCUGCAGCCCACAUCCAGGGUCAGGGUUGGGGGGGUUGCUAUGAUCCUCUUAACUUCAGUGGGUGCCUGCUGGUUGGCCAUUGGGUCCCAAGGCAGGUCAGAAGUCCCCAUGGGGCUAUUUCACAGGACAUGGCACGCUGGUGGCCUUGGGUCCAUCCCCAGCUGUGGGACUUGGGUGCAUCAGAUCAGGAGGAUGUUGUGAGGUCCAGCAGUAGCCUCGGUGGGGAGGCUGGAAGUCAUCCUGUCCCUGAGGAAACGGGAACUGGUGGCCGGACCAGGGGACCACUCAGGAGCUUGGGAUUGAGUUGGGGGUCAGCGCUGUGGGGAGCGCUCAAGACCUGGGGCUGGGCUGGGGGGUUCAGUUAGGAGCCCAUGACCAGGCUGCGGGUCAGCAUCAUGCAUGAGCCUUGGGGGAGACCAACGAUGCUCGGCUCAGGCGGGCCAUGGGGGUAGCCCCUGCACUGCCAUGGGGGCUGGCAGGGCAGGGGUCAUUCCAUUGCCCCCAGGCAGGGAGCAGGGCAGUCCGUGUGGGGCUGGGAGCAGCCUCAGCCUGGGGCAUUGGGUACCUUUGUGGGCACGGGCCAAAGCCAGGCUGGGAUGUCAGCCGUGGGUCAAGGAUCAGGUCUGGAUCAGCAGGGCUAAGCUGCAGCUCUGGUGAGGGUCCAGCACAAGUUCUCUAGCUCAAAGCAGGUCCACUGGGCAGGGAUUGACCCCAGCCAUGGCUUCCCUGCAGUGCGGGCUAGAAGCCCUCUCCACACCAUAACCAGUGGCCCUUGGCUGGCCCUGGACUGGUCCUGAGCCUGGUACCAAACCUCCAGGAGUGAGGAUGCUCCCAGCACCUUUACACCUGCAAAGAUACCACCACAGACACCCAAUCCUCCUUCUAUGGAUUGCUGCUGGGGGAAAUCCCCAUCAUGCAUCUCUCUGAUAGAUGGCACCAGACCCUUGGUCUCUGAUGUAUCCAACCUCAAGAGCCUUCGUCUCUCCAGGUUCCAAUUCCCAGAGCUUUGGUCUCUCUGGGCACUGGACCAGCGCGCUUGGUGCUCUCUCCCAUACCCAGUACUCUGGCUUGAAGUAUGCUAGAGGAGUGCACAACCAUGCAGACACACCAUAGACAGAUUGUUCAAAUAAAAAUCAGUUACAAGUAAAGUUUACUAGGAAUAUACGACAGAUUAUGGUGAUCAGACGUAGGGCAUGGCCAGAGAAGCAUAUUGACCAGGAGCCUGCUUACAUGAUCCUGGCCCCUUUCAUCCCUUGCUACUCUUUGUUUUUCAUGGCCUGUUCCUCCAUGACCCACCUUGAUCUUUACCUUUCUGAAGCGUGAGAUAAUUCCUGUAUAUCCACAAAGUCUCUUGAUCAGGUUCACACCUCCAACACCUAAUAAGUCCUAUUCAGCUUCAUUCAGCAGUAUCCCUUAGUCUGCAUAGCUCUACACAGAGACUUUCUUCUAUUGAACCACAUUUGUGGGUUUUGUACUAGGAACAACAAUAUCAGGAGUUGUAUUACAACAAUAUCAGGAGUUGUAAUUCAACUAAGUGAGUAAAUUCAGACAGAAUUGGGUGAGCUGUCGUCUCACACAAACACUUUUCCUCUGUUCAUUGUCUGUUUAUCUAAGUAGCCAUCAGAAAGGUAGCCUUAUGUUUGUCACUUCUUGGCAUGUCUAAUGCAAAUCACCUUGGCAAGGAUGAAACUGUUCUUGUAAUGUUAAAAGGAGAGAAAAGUAAAAUAUUUCCCAUGAUCAAGCAUGUCACACACUACCUGCUUACUAAGUAAACUGAGGGGAAAGGAAGAGACAAAUAUUUUAUCCUUUUAUGGAACUGGUUGCUACUGGUGUCUAUAGCAACCAGUCUGCUUUGUCCAUCCCAGGCAGUUCAUGCUGAGCCACCGCAGCCCGUGUACCUGCUGUGAUGCAUGAGGAUAACGGUGAAGACUGCAACAGCCCCCAGGAGGCAACAGCCCCCACAGAGAGGGACAAGGUGCCACCCCACCGCCCCCAUGCAGACGGGUCACUUGCUGAUUGGCCAAGGGGAGAUGUGUCGGCAGGACUAAGCGCAAGUCCCACCCACCAGCAAUGGUAUAAACCCAGGGUGUUUUGGCUAAAACAGUACUCCUCGGACCCAAGGGCACCUGGGCGCAAGUGGUUCCUGUUGGGUUUGUUGCUGCCUGAAGACCAAGACCUUCCCUUGUCAGCCCCGUGAAGACCUGGGCCAGGCAUCAGCCAUGAAGAUCCUGUACCUGCUCUUCCCCUUCUUCCUCCUGUUGGUCCAGGGUGCUGCAGGUGUAUCUCUGACUCCAAGAAAUGAAAGUCAGUGUAAGCAAGAAGGGGGAUUCUGUAGUUUUUUGACAUGCUAUCACCCUCAUCACAUCUUUGGAAGGUGUUCAGCCUUUAUGGUUUGCUGCAAAAGUGUGGGGCACAGGACCAUCUCCUUGAGGUUUCUGAAGACCCUUGGGUUCAAGGCUGCAAGCACUAAGGAAAGACAUGCCCCUCGCUUCUGGCUCCUGGAACCAUCCCCUGUUGUCCUCUCCCCUCCCUGCCUCUGCCGUCCCCAGGUAGUGUGACAGCAGGAUUGGAAGCGCUGCUCCUGCUGGGUGCUCAUGGGCUGGAGACAUCCCAUCAUGGGCCUGGUGUUGUUUGGGCAGAGGCUGCU